AAAAUACAAUAGAAGGCAACUGAAAAAAAAAGUCAAAAAUGGAAAGUUCAAGAUUCUGCUUUUUCUUACCGGUUUUCUGUGUCAGCCUCCUCAUCCCGGCGAGAACCCUAACUCUUCCACACAACCAUGUAGCCUUGUUCAUCUUUGGGGAUUCAUUAUUUGAUGUCGGCAACAAUAACUACCUCAAAAACGCUAUUGGCCUGGCGAAUUUCUGGCCUUAUGGGGAAACAUUCUUUAAGCAUCCUACUGGCAGGUUUUCCGAUGGCAGACUCAUUUCUGAUUUUAUUGCUGAGUAUUUGAAGUUGCCAUUAAUUCCACCAUAUCUCCAGCCUGGUAUUCAAUUUACAGAUGGGGUGAACUUUGCUUCAGGAGGGGCUGGCGCUUUAGUUGAAACCCAUCAAGGCAGUGAAGGAAGGGUGAUAGACCUUAAAACUCAGGUUCUUUAUUUGAAGAAUGUGAAGAAACAUAUAAAGCAGCAGCUAGGUGAUGCAGAAACUAGGACAUUAUUGUCCAAAGCCAUUUACUUGAUUAGCAUUGGAGGCAAUGAUUACAUAGCACCUUCCAGUGAGUUUGAGUCCUUCCCUAAAGAAGAAUUUGUAGGGAUGGUCAUUGGCAACCUGACAUCUGUGAUCAAAGACAUUUAUAAGGUUGGAGGAAGGAAAUUUGCAUUUGUAAGCAUGGGGGCUUUUGAUUGUUCACCAAACAUGAGAGCACUUAAACAGGACAAAGGAGGCUGCGAUGAAGAAGUCACAGCUCUAGCAAAACUACACAAUAAAGUACUUCCUGAUGUGCUUAAAGAGCUACAGGGUCAGCUGAAGGAGUUUAAGUACAUAAAUUUUGAUUUCUACACUACAUUAAAAGAAAGAAUUAAUAACCCUUCAAAAUAUGGUUUCAAGGAGGCAAAUGUAGCAUGCUGUGGAGCUGGUCCAUUCAGAGGAACUCUGUCAAGCUGUGGAAUAUCAAAAGAUUAUGAAGUAUGUGAAGAUGUGAGUGAAUAUUUGUUCUUUGAUUCUGUUCAUCCCACAGAGAAGGCUUACAAGCAACUUGCAAAGCUAAUCUGGAGCGGAGGUUACAAUGUCAGCUGGCCUUACAAUCUUGAAACACUGAUUGAGGUAGACCUUGAAGGCCUUUUGUAAUGAAAGAGGCGGCUAAAGAUUGAAGGCUGAAAUAGUUAUUCAGCAUAAAUGAUGAUCUCUGAAAAUAAAUUAAUAACAAUUUGAUUUAGAAAGAUUGUCAUAUAUGCAAUAUAAUAAAGAGUUUUGUCUUGUUA